CCGCGGUUCAAAUGCAUGUCCCCGUACGGUUCUACUUUCCAGCUGUUUCUCCAACCACAAAAAUUAAUAAUUCGAAAUCGGCAAAUGCAAAUAAUUUGUGAUAUAAAAAAUGGAAAUCGGAUUUCAGGAGUUGUAGUUAUUACUUGUAAAACCUUUGAUGCGUGUGUUCGUCUAUAAGCCAUUUAUCCAGUUUAUCGUUGCGUUUUCCUGAUUUCCAUGGACGCCAUGGGGGAAUUUAGUGUUAUGCCUUUGAAUCCUUCCGUGACCAUCGAAGAUAGUUUCGAUCCCUUGGAAUUUUUUCGGAAUCUUUUAGUUUCGGAUGGCGUCUUGCCAGCGGAGACGCAAAACGACGAUGCUCGUCUCCAACUUACUGCUCAGUAUGUCAGUGAGCUUUUACAGAGCAAUUUGGAAAUCCUGCAUGCAGAAGAAGCUCGCUUGCACGAAGCAACUGCAAAACUUCACGAAGAAAAAACUGCUUUAGUUGUCGAGAAUUACACGGUUCUCCUAACUGCAGCCUCACAAAUUAACGAUGUCGUCCAAGAGCUCCCGAACAUCCAGAACCGUGUAAAAGAGCGUUUGCAAAACUGUAAGCAAGCCGAGACACUGUGUCAAGCGCUGGAGAAACGUGCUGCGGACUAUCAUGAGCAGAUUGCUCAGUCGCGUAACCAGUUUAUGCAGCUGCAUCAAAUACAGGAUUUACUGGAUAUUCCGAACUCUAUCACGAAUUUGGCUAAAAACGGACUUUUUGAUGAGGCUGUGGAUCUGAUCUUGUUUGUUGAUAAGCUGAACCACCAAGCUGUCCAGGCACCCAUCGUUGCGCAUUUAGUAGAGGAAACGCGAAAGCGAGCGUGGAUGCUGAUGAAUUUAUUGUCGAAUAAAUUUCGAACUUCUCCGGUGCAGUUGCUGGAAGCGUUGAAAACCGUUUCGCUCCAGCGUCGCCUUGGCAGCUCUCUUGGCGUUAGUGUUGAAGAAUUUGUCCGCACUGACUUUCUGCAGGCUCGAAGCGUUUAUAUUGGAAGCCUUGUGCGUGCAGUUCCGCAGAAGGAAACAUUCCAAACGUUAUCUAAAAUUCUCGAAAUAUGCCGGCUGCAUUAUUUUGAGACGGUCAACUUGUAUUUGUCCGUAUUUCCUGAUAACCCGGAAUUAUUACCAGAUUUGCGAAUACUUCCAUAUGUCUGGCUAAAUAAGGAGGUCUCCGAAUUAUCAAAAUUGUUUGCAAAAUCUUUACCUCGAGUGGAUAACAGCCAUUUGGAAUCACUCUUCAAUCAGUAUUUGAGUCUGAUGGAGAUGUUUUCGCGAUUUGGUGCCAAUUCGUCUGCCGAGUGCAUCCGCGUGUUCAUCGAUUACCUGUUUUCUCAACUGAAAACCGCUUUCCGUGAUGCAGUAGACAACUUCACCUCGUCCGUCCGGACAAAGAUUCAGAAAAAACCUUGGAGUCAGCCAAAGUACCCCUCUGAUGUUUCUGAUCGACAAAAUGCAGUGAAACCGCCCGUAGAGUUGAUGGAAUAUCCACAGUUGGCUGUACUGGGGAACAGCAUUCUGGACGCCCUAAAUCGCUUACGGUUCUGCUUUGUGAGCAGUCUGGUAGUACCGGUGAUCCACUCCAUUAACACUUUGUUAUUUGAUGUUGGUGUCGUUAUUCGAGGGCUCGAAAGGAAAGAAGGACAAUUAGUGGAAGAUUUGGAAAAUGCGUAUCAUAAAUUUUUCGUGCCUUUCAUAGAGAAAGCCAGAGAUAUGAUUUGUCCGUUGCAAGAGGCUACCGCAGUUCUGGGUGUUUCAUUGCAUGAAGCGAAACUUUUGUUAGCUGUAAAGCCUGUCCAAGAAGACGGUUUCACCAAUUCCCGAGUGGAUGGCGAGAAUGUUUUAGUUCAAAAUGGAUCUUAAAGUUGUAUUUAUUAUAUUUUUUCUCCAUCCAGUGUUGCAGAAUAAAUUCUGUUGAAUAAUUA